AUGUUUUUUGCUCAUAUUCGCCUCGGUUCGCUAUUAUUAGCGUUCUUCACGCUUGCUCAAUUGGCAUUAGCAGUCAAGUUUGAUGUUGAAGCCACGCCAAAGGGAGCCCUUCCAAGAUGUAUUCGUGAUUUUGUCACCAGAGAUACUCUUGUAGUCGCAAAUGUCAAAUCUGAUGGAUACAUUGGUGAUGGUCAAUCUCUUACAGUGUACAUCCGUGACAAUAAAAAUAAUGAAUAUGGUCGUAAGAAGGAUCUUAUUGGUAGCACUCGUUUCGCUUUUACUCCUCAUUCUGAUAUUGCUUUUGAUAUCUGUUUCGAAAAUUCAUUGACCCGUAACGGAGGAUCAAUCAAGAGAAGCAUUGAGCUUGAUGUUGAAAUUGGUGCCAAUGCUCGUGACUGGAACGCUGUCCAGGCUCUUGAGAAGCUCAAGCCUACUGAAGUUGAGCUAAGAAGAAUCGAAGAGCAAACCGACGAAAUUCUCAAGGAACUCGAAUAUCUGAAAAUCAGAGAAACUCGUCUAAGAGACACCAACGAGUCGACCAAUCGCAGAGUCAAGCUCUUCUCUAUCGGCAUCAUUCUCGCUCUUCUCUCGCUUGGCGGAUGGCAAAUCUACUAUCUCCGCACUUACUUCCGCUCCAAGCAUAUUAUCUAA